GCAUGCUGCUUCAGCCGGGGAGGUAGGGCGGGCACUAGGUGGAGGCGUGCAACCCGCCUCCGUCACGCCCUCCACCGGCUUGACGUGUGGCCGCGCCCCCUCACGCCCCUCCGCAUUAAGGUCUCCCGGCUCGGUUCCCGCUAUCCGGCCGUCGGUGCUUUUUCGCCAGUCCCGGAAGUGGGCUCGCGCCCUACGGUUCUUGCUCCCGGGCGGCGACCGUCGCCACAGUGGCGGCCACUGCAUCUCGUUCCACCUCCGCGGCCCUGGGCGCCGUGGUUUCCUCGGACCCUGAGCCUAUGAACGGUCAGGGCCAGUCGGCGUCCGGGUCGUCGGCGUGGAGCACGGUAUUCCGCCACGUCCGGUAUGAGAACCUGGUAGCUGGUGUGAGCGGCGGGGUCUUGUCUAACCUCGCGCUGCACCCGCUCGACCUCGUGAAGAUCCGCUUCGCCGUGAGUGAUGGAUUGGAACUGAGACCAAAAUAUAAAGGAAUUUUACAUUGCUUGACUACCAUUUGGAAACUUGAUGGACUGCGGGGACUUUAUCAAGGAGUAACUCCAAAUGUUUGGGGUGCAGGUUUAUCCUGGGGACUCUACUUUUUCUUUUACAAUGCCAUCAAAUCAUAUAAAACAGAAGGAAGAGCUGAACGGUUAGAGGCAACAGAAUACCUCAUCUCAGCUGCUGAAGCUGGAGCCAUGACCCUCUGCAUUACAAACCCAUUAUGGGUAACAAAAACUCGCCUUAUGUUACAGUAUGAAGGUGUUGUUAACUCCUCACAGCGGCAAUAUAAAGGAAUGUUUGAUGCACUUGUGAAAAUAUAUAAGUAUGAAGGUGUGCGUGGAUUGUAUAAGGGAUUUAUUCCUGGGCUGUUUGGAACAUCACAUGGUGCCCUUCAGUUUAUGGCAUAUGAAUUGCUAAAGUUGAAAUAUAACCAGCAUAUCAAUAGAUUACCAGAAGCCCAACUGAGCACAGUAGAAUAUAUAUCUGUGGCUGCACUAUCCAAAAUAUUUGCUGUAGCAGCAACAUACCCAUAUCAAGUUGUGAGAGCCCGUCUUCAGGAUCAACACAUGUUUUAUAGUGGUGUAACGGAUGUAAUUGCAAAGACAUGGAGGAAAGAAGGCAUCGGUGGAUUUUACAAAGGAAUUGCCCCCAAUUUGAUUAGAGUGACUCCAGCCUGCUGUAUUACCUUUGUGGUAUAUGAAAAUGUCUCACAUUUUUUACUUGGCCUUAGAGACAAGAAAGUAAGCUAAAAAAGAAAGAAAGAAAGGUAAUUUCAGUAUGUUUGCCCAAGACAGCAACAAGCUCCUUUGGGUUUGAGACAUAAAACUCAGAAGAAUGCCACACAGCAAAAUGGCUCAUAAACAUAAUUUGUCUUUAAUCUUUAGAAGUCAAAGAGCUGCUAAGUCUUCACAAUGAUUUCUGCUUCUUAUCUUCACGUAUAUGGGACUUGGCUACCUCUACCUGUCAUGGCUGACAUCAGCAUGUUAAAACUGACACCGACUGUAGAGUUUCAGACAUUUCAUUGUUCAAGUAGAAACUAAUUUGCAACAUUUGCUAAAUGGAUUAGAGGAAUCUUGUUUGCCUGGAUUGACUUUAAAUUGACCUUGUGCAAUAGCAAGAAAACAGCUUCUUAAAAGAAUGUUGUUUGUUUCAAGGAUAAAUUAAACUUUAACAAUUUACUGAAUAAGGUGUUAAGAAUUUACUGAAUAAGGUAUUAGCCAAAUCCAGAUCUUUUUAAGUGGGGAUAUUUAAUGAGAAAAGUCCAUUGUAAACAUGCUUUAGUUUUAAAAUUCAUUUGGAACACACCAACUGUAAAAAUUUGAGGAAUUAUGUAAUUUUCUGAGAAAUAGCUAAAAUUUUUUGUCAUUACAUUGCUUAUUAUUUCCCCCAUGGCUCUAACAUAAUUUAAAACGUAAUCCUGGACUUAGUUCUUGGUGGGGGACAUAAAUACUUAAUGUAGUUUAAAGUUGUAAAAUCUAAACUUCUAGGGUCUGGCUAUGACAGUCAUUAUUUAGCAUGUGUGGCUAUGAAUCACUUAAUGAGAAAUGCUCAGUAGAUUCCCUUGUACCAAUGCUGGAGUAUUUGGGAUGUGUUUGUUAAUAAACUAAAAAAAAAAAAAAAAAAAAAAAAAAAAGUUUUAACUUUCUACUUUAAUUUCCAGAUGUAUGGAUCCAGUUCCCAAAUAAAUGAUCAAUCUACAUUGAUCACUCAAAUUCACAUUGAAGUACACAUUACAUUAAUGGCUAUUAUUGAUCUUUACUUGUUAAAGUCAUUCUAACUCUCUGUAAGUAUAAAAGCCUACCCCCAAAAAGAUGCCAGAAUAAUACUGACACUUUAUUUAUCAUAAACAUCAUUGCAUGCUAUUGCACUACCAUCUACUUGUUGUAAAUAAAAUAUUAUGGUUUUCAAAACCA